GGAGGGGCGGCCGGCGCGUACGAUGACGGCGGCGCCGUCGCCGCCGCUGCUGCCCGCCCGCCGCUGCGCUACUGGCGUAAGCGCGCUUCGUGAAUCCCGCCUGCGUAGGGCGCGGGCGCGGCCUGAGGGGACACCCCCACCCCCCCCCGCGCGGGUUCCGCCGCCGCUACGCAAACUGCGGAGCGCCCCGGCGGCCCGCUCCCCUCGCCCGGCCGUGCCUUACGCACUUGGCGUAAGGCGCGGCCCCGGUGGAGCGGGUCACCGGCGUCCCCUUACGCCAGCGGCGCAGGCGGGGGCUCGGGCCGUGGCUGGAGCGCACGAAGUUGGCGUAGACGGGCUCUGUGAAUACGAGAAGGGGGGCUCCCGCUGCGGGGCGGGGGCCAGGCCGAGGAUGCGCGGCCAUGGCAGGUGCAGACCCGCUGCACCGGAGCCCCGCACCAUCCCUGAACAGCGAGACGGCGGCGGUGCCAUGGCCGUGGAGGAUGCUGCCAGGCAGGCUGAUAACCUCGGGUCUGCAGUUGUUCCUGCUCCUGUCGGGGAUGUGUGCCCUCGAGAUAGUGCCGAGCUCUCAGCCGGACCCCUCCUGGGAGCUGAGGGGGUGUCGGGGCCUUGCUACGGGGCAGUCAGCGUGGUCAGGAUAAGGCAAAGCCGUGGGCUUGAUGCCCAGCCCAAGUGCCGCCGGCAGAGUCGCUUCUUCAGCCUUCUCUACCUUUUGCCUCUCUCCCCCUGCCUUUAUGGGGAUGGCGGCGAUUAACGGCUCGGCUCCGGGCUGGUCUUCGUUUCCUUGGGCGCUUGCUCAGUCUGUGGGGCAAGGAGCUGUCGUCGCUGGACUUACGCUUUGUUCCCAUCCUCUCCUGCCCCUUGAGCUCAGCUCACGGCGGCUGCUUCUUUCUCCAUCUAUGAAACGCAUCACACGACGGGGUUCCCAUCCUGGCUGGGGCGGAUGCUGUAAUAUUAACAAUAGCAGCCUUCCUGUGACGUCAUUCCAUCCUGACACGGGCCGGCGUGCAUCUUCCAGGGACAGACCGGCGACGGCUCUUCCACGGUGCCUACGUGAACCGUAACGUGCCCAAAAAAACCAGCCAGGCGGUUUUUCUGAUGUUUCAGGCUUUUUUUAUUGUGGCGUCAUAGUUGCUGCGGUGACACACCGGCAGUUCCCUUUCUCUGUAGAAAAGCGUCAUUUGAAAGCGCCGCCCGAGUUCCCCGCCGUC